CUAGAGGCCUUUAAUCUUAAACCUAAAUAUAAGCCUCUAAAGAAGAGUUACCUCUUUAAAUUACAGAUUAAGCCUCUUUACUCGGAGGGAUAUAUUAAUAAUAGGCUUUACUUCUUUAAGGCUAUAAAGAUUAUAUUACUAGAGAUUAACCUUAAAGCCUUCCUACCAACACAGUCUCUCCCUGAUAUUAAUAAUAAUAAAGAGGAGGAAAUACAGAUUAUUAAAGAGCAGCUGCGGGAGCCCUCUAUUAAAGCCAGUAAUACUAUUAAGUCUGAAGGAGAAGAGGCUGAUAAGAUACAUAAUAAUUCAGAGGCUUUAAGCAAGCCCUCUAAUAAGAGGCAGAGAAUAUAUAUAAAUAAUAGUAAUAAUUAUUAUCCGGAAAAUUACUCUCUUUCCCGGGCAGGCCGGAUAAGAAAGGCCUCUGCAAAAGUUCGGAAUAGCUAG